AUGUCGACCACCGAUCUCACGGACCCGGCUGCACAGGCUGCCGCUGCAGCUGCUGCCGAGGCAGGACGACAGUUCACGAUCGAGGCCUGGACACUUUACGGCAUCGGAGUGAUCGUUACGGCCUUGAGGACGUACGCCAGAGCAAAGGCCGUUGGGAUCCGGAAUUUUCGGGCUGAUGACUAUCUGGUGUGGGGAGCAGUUCUUUUUUACACAGUCCAAUCGACCCUAGCCUACUCCGUUGGCAACAUAGCUCAUGGGCUCGCCAAUAAUGGUAUGACAGACGAAGAGCGAGCAGCACUAUCUACUAGUGAUCCGGAAUAUCAACUGAGAGUCAUCGGCUCGAAGAUUCAGAUUGCUGGGUGGACCACUUAUUCCGCACUCAUCUGGCUGCUGAAGCUUGCGAUGCUGGUCUUCUACCUUCGACUUACGGAAGGUCUAGGUCGCCGAUAUCGCAUGCGCAUCUGGAUUGGCUUCGGUCUGGUGAUCGGGACAUUUGUCGCCUCUCUUGGAGCAGUGUUCUUGUCGUGCAUUCCAUUCAGCAAGUAUUGGCAAAUCAGCCCGGACCCUGGUAAUUCCUGUCAAGCUGCCGUAUCGUUACCGAUCAUCUGGACCUCCUUCGCCGCGAACGUCUCAACCGAUAUAUAUCUCAUCCUAAUUCCUAUUCCUCUUUUAUGGGAAUCAACAUUGAGGCUCGUCAAAAAGAUUGCGUCGACCAUCGUGCUUGGUGCAGGUAUCUUCGUCCUGGUCUGUGCCACGCUGAAGAGCAUAUUCGUCCUCGUGGAUCCCGUCAAUGGUGCCCAACUUGCCGGCGCAUGGGGUACUCGCGAAACCUUCGUCGCGGUCGUCACCACGAACCUUCCUAUGAUCUUUCCUCUCAUUAGAACAUAUCUCAAGCCUCUUUGGCCCAAUGUCUUACGAUCAUCCAAGAACACGAAAAAGGCAUACAAGACACCGAGCGGCUUCCAAACUAUCGGGGGCGGCCACGGGGAUUCAUCGCGCCGGACUGGUCCUCCAAGCGCAAACCCUGUUGCCUCCAACGUCACUUUCACCGAAAGCGAGGAACGCAUAAUGAGCGACGUUAAGUUGCAAAACCUUAGAGGCUCUUCCACGCCUACAUCAGGCAAACCGUCGAACGGUAUUGUGGUGUCGAACGAAGUUGAGGUCAUUACCGAGGACAGAACCAGCCAAUUUGGUGAGCAGCGCCCUCAACGAGCACAUGAAGCUUGGUAG